GGGCUCCUGAGAAAGCGCUGCGUAGUUGAUUUUGCGGGCAUAUUACUACCGCAUUGAUCAUCUGUGUGCAGCGCAAACCGUCGCAGUAGCAGUAGGGUGUCGUGACGUCUCACGUCCUUGACGCGCAACGCCAACGGUACGCUCUGCUCCAAGCAAAGCGCCGCAGCGUUGUACCUUCAUCUGACCUGUAAGCGACGCCUGACGCUCGCUGCGCCGUAGUCAACCGGCGCACGUAGACAGUCAUGGCCUGGCGCCAAGCCCUACCACGCCUCGCCGCCGCAACCACUGCACCCGCCGCGUCGCUCGCCCUGUGCGAGGCGCAACGAAAGACAGAUUAUGAUCUAGCGAGGCACCAGCACGGCAAGACGCGCGUGCGCGUUCUUAAAGUAAGAAGGGAGGGCGGCGUCCACGCCAUCUCCGAGUACAAGGUGGAAACGACCUUAUUCUCGCCCGCUUAUGAUCGGGUGUUUACGAAGGGCGACAACACCGAUUUAGUGGCGACGGACACGCAGAAGAACACCGUGUACAUCGUCGCCAAGCGCACGGACGCGUCGACGCCCGAAGCCUUCGGCGUGGCCCUGUGCGAGCACCUGCUCAAGGAGUACCCGAUCCUAUCGGGCUGCCGCGCGGACGUUGAGAGCGUCGAGUGGGCGCGGGCCUGCGUCGACGGGCGGAACGGCGCCCAGCCGCACGUGCACGGCUUCCUGCGUUCGGAACCGGAGCGGCAAGUGGCCUCUGUCAGCAUGACCCGAGGCCAGGGCCCGAAGGUCGAGUCAUCGAUCGAAGGUCUCGUCGUCCUGAAGACGACGCAGUCCGGCUUCGAGGGCUACCUCAAGGACAAGUACACGUUACUCCCCGACACGCAAGAGCGGUGCAUGGCGACGGAGAUGACGGCCUCCUGGAACUACGCGCAGCUGCCGCAGGAUUUUGGUGCUGCUCGAAACAACGUGCGCCGCCAGAUCCUGAAGGGUUUCUUCGGCGAGCCGGCGACGGGCGUCUACUCCGCGUCGCUCCAGGAGUCGAUCUACGACGCCGGCUGCCUUGUGUUAGAUGCGGUGCCCGAGGUGAAGCAGAUCGAGAUCGACACGCCGAACCUGCACUACUUACCGGCCAAGCUGCUCGACGCCGUCGGCGAAAAGUUCGAGGACGACGUCUUCAUUCCCACCUCGGAGCCGUCCGGCUCCAUCAACUGCAUCGUGGCGCGCGGCGCCGGCGGCCGGCCGACGACUACCGCUCCGACGUCGGGGCCCAAGUUGUCUGUUGAGACGAAGCCCGUAUCUCUCAACGUGGCCGACGCCCAGGCGCGCGCUGCCGAAGAAAUACGAGGUGCAAUUAUUACUCCUAAAGCCAACUCGUGCCCCAUGGCGGUGCGACUGGCGUGGCACGCGUCGGGCACCUUCGAUAAAAAUGAUGGCUCUGGUGGUUCGGAUGGAGCGACGAUGCGGUUUGCUCCCGAACGCGAAGACGGCGCGAACGCCGGCCUAGGCAUCGAGCGCGACAUCCUGCAGCCCGUCAAAAGGGCGGUGCCCGAGGUGUCGACGGCGGACAUCUGGACGUUGGCGGGGGCGCAGGCCGUCGAGGUAUGUGGCGGCCCUCGCAUCAAUCACGCGAUGGGUCGCAAAGACGCGACGUCCGGUGCACAAUGCCCGCCUGUGGGCCGGCUGCCGGACGCCAGCCAGGGCGCGGACCAUCUGAGAGAUGUCUUCUACCGCAUGGGCUUUGACGACCGCGAGAUCGUUGCAUUAAGCGGCGCGCACACGCUCGGCCGCUGCCAUAAAGUAAGAAGCGGCUUCGACGGGCCCUGGACGUCGAACCCCCUCAAAUUUGAUGGGGAGUACUUCCGGAACCUCAUGACCAAGGACUGGGUGCCGCGGGACUGGGACGGGCCCCUCCAGUAUACCGAUAAGGAGUCGCAUUCGUUGACGAUGCUCCCUUCCGACUUGGCAUUGAAGGAGGACCCGGCGUUCGCCGUUUAUGCGUCCAAGUACGCCGCCGACGAGUCCCUGUUCUUCGAGGACUUCAAGAAAGCUUUCGAGAAGCUCAUCAGUCUGGGCACGACGGCGGCGCCCGCCUCGACUGAUCUUGACGACGCCGCCGCGAAGGUCCGGGAGGAGUGCAUGCACGGCUCUCUCGAGCACGCGCAGACCGCCUGGCGCCCGGGCGUCGACGCCAACUCCUAUGAUGCCGGCUCGCGCCGCACGGCGCUGCACAAGGCGGCGUGCGUUCCGGCGUCCUUGUUCGAGUUGUGGAGUGUCGACAUCGGGCGCCAACGUAGCGUUUGUUACACAGGUUCUGGGGCCACUCGCACAUCGUUCCUUGGCUCGUCGACGACCUCGGCGCCGCCGUCGACGCGACGGACUCGGCCGGCGACACCGCGUUACAUGAUGCGGCGCGCUUCGGCCACGCCAACGUCGUGUCCGAGCUGCUCGCCCGCGGCGCCUCGCCGAACGCGCGCAACGCCGCCGGCAAGACCCCGGGAGAAGUGGCCGCGGAGAACGGGCACGCGUCCGCGCUCCGCCGCUUCCUCGAGAAGUAGGCGUCUCCCGCCGCAAGCUGUACAUGUUAUUCCCUGUCCCCCUUCCCCUCCCACGAACUAACCACGACGGAAAUCUA